AUGUCACGCAUUGGAGCGCCGGCGAGUAAUCGCAACCUGAGCCUGACAGAAGAGCUCGAAAGACUUGAACAAUCAAUCACCCUGACACUGCAAGAAAUCGACCACAACUUCAGCAAGGCCCAUCGCAUUGUCACGUCGAGCAUCCUACCCGUCGUCGACCAAUACGCUCAACACUCUCGCGAUGUUUGGGAGGGCUCUCGCUUCUGGAAGCAGUUCUUCGAGGCAUCUGCCAAUGUCUCCCUGUCUGGCUACCAGGAGGGCGCCCUGGAAGACGACAUGACCCACAAUGACACGACCGCUCAAGAGACAUCCUACGACGAGCCCUCUGCCGAAGACGACGUCGCCGAGAGGACCAUGACACCCACUGCGCACGACUACCCUCAUGACCACGACGAUGACACGUCCAUCAUUGACUCUCCCUCCAACACGACUGGUGUCCACAGCACUCCGCAGAUCAAGACCAAACAGAAACACUUCGCCUCUCCCUCACCAAUCAAGCCGUCAUCACAUCAGAUCAGCACUCCCAUGCGCGACACGGUAAACCUCCAGUCGUCGUCUCCAUUCGAUCCUCCGUCAGCCUACCAACCCUCGACCGCCCAGCGUCAACAGAACCCUGAUCCUCUGAUGCACCGUAUCAUGGACCGCAACUUCCGCAUUCAGGCCACACCCCACACUGCUCGUAAACAAACACGUCCCGCAACCACAGACACUCCUGCAACCGCUCAGAACCAGACACAAACACGUACUCGCAACUUGUUCGCCGACAGCAGCCCUAUGAGCAGUCCUGAAAUGGCUGCUCCCCAACUCCGCUCUGAUUUGUUCUCUCCUCAAAAGUCCCCGAGAAAGACGCUUCAGGCUCCACACACUCCUGGUGUUUCCGUUCAGACCCCUGGACGUGAUCUCAUGACGAGCACCGGCCGCGCCCUGUUUACCGACACCAAGGACAGAACCACACGUACCCUCUGGGAUCAAGAAUCUGAUAGCGACGAUGACUUUAGUAUCAGUCCUCCCAAGACUAUGCAGUUUCAUAUUCCACAAUCUCGUCUUAUGCAGACUCCCGCUCGAGAGGCCAGCAGGAUCAUUGUUGAUGAUCUGUUAGCGACUGCUGGUGCAGACCGUACCGAGUCUAUCGAAGGCGAUAGUGUCCCCGAGAUCAGCCCUAGUCUAGUCAGGCGGAAAUGGGAUGAUGAUGAUACUUUCUGA